AUGAUCUCGAAACCCACCCUCCAAAUCGGCAGCGUCUCGUCGACGACAGAGGACAACCCGCAUGCCAUGGUGCGCAUGGUGAAACACGGGAAUGUCGAUGUGUUAAUUGGAGACUGGCUCUCGGAAAUGAACAUUGCGUGGAAUGCCAUUAUCAAACAACAGAAUCUAGACUUGGGCUACGAGAGAGGCUUCCUCGACCAGCUGGAAGAGUCUCUGGACGACAUUAUAGCGCAGGGUCUUAAGGUGAUCACCAAUGCGGGAGCGCUGAACACCAGGUCUCUUGCACGCGAGCUCGGCCAGGGCCGCAAUGGAUUCAGCCAUCUCGACCAUGCAGAGAAGCAGCUGGACGACUGGGAGCUGAAGCCGGUCUGCGGCGCCGCGUACAUUAGAUGUCGAGGCAUUAUCCAAGCCCUCAACUCGGGCGCACAGAUUGUCGAUGACUAUGAUGCCCUAGCCGGUGCUCUUAUAGCCGGACAUCUCACUGAAUGCGGGCCCUACGUUACCGGAGCGAACUUCACUGAGUUUAAGGAGAUCAUGGACGACAUGAUAGACCUGACCUUUCCCAUCGCAGAGAUCAACAGCCGAGGAGAAUGCGUCGUGACCACCUUGUCGGACGGAGGCGGUCGUGUCACAGAAGACACCGUGCGGGCGCAGAUUCUCUACGAGCUCUAA